UCUUGAAUUGCAGUCGGACGAGUUUUCUUGAAGCGCAGCAGGCUCACUGGGGCUCUCAAUGGAAAUAUCUCUGAAAACAAAACAGUAAGGCGUCUAACUUCAUCAUUCCCGGCAGUUUAUGCGGAUGAAACUUUCCACAACAUAAGAAACGAUGGCUCUGCGAGCUUGUGGGUUUAUAGUGUUUCGUCGCCUCGCCGGCCUCAACCCCCCUCCGGGGAAUAUCGAGUAUCUCCUCUUGCAGACUUCCUACGGGCAGCACCACUGGACCCCACCCAAAGGUCACGUUGACCCAGGUGAGGAUGACCUCACCACGGCUCUAAGGGAGACCAAGGAGGAAGCAGGGUUGGGGGCGGAGCAUCUGAAGGUUAUAGACGGCUUCGUGCAGGAGCUGCGCUACGACGUUCGCGGCAGACCCAAAGAGGUGCUGUACUGGCUGGCUGAGCUGAGAAACCCGGAGGCGGCGGUGACGCUGUCCGACGAGCACCAGGACUACCGCUGGGCCCAGCUGGAGGAGGCCUGCAGCCUGGCGGGCUACAAAGACCUGCAGGAGACGCUGAGGGCCGCUCAGAGACACUUGGAGGCGCAGCGGGACUAAAACUGAGGAAAGAUCAUUCAGAUAAAGUUUGUGUAGGGUUUAAGUUAAACAUUCUUCUCCCUCUGCAUCCAUAGAUUCUGCUGAGAAGUGGAAAGGAAAUGAGUAAAUAUAAAACGCAGUUUUCAAAUGGUGCAUCUUUUCAAAUGCAUCUUUGAACUAAACGAACAGCUGCGAUGACACAAUUCAAGUGACCGGCAAUGAGUUUUAGAGUUAGCUUUUCUUUCUUUUAAUAAGUGAAACUAUCAUAAAAAAAUUAUUUUUAUGUUUACUGUUACAAUCAUCUCUUAAUAAUCUGGAACAAAAACUUAUAUGACCUGACCUGUAAUGGGCAGCGACUUCUUACGCCGUAUCUACAAAUCUGGGUUGCCUUGGAAACACGUUUAUGUGUAUGUGAUAGUAUACUUUAUGUACAGGUAGUUAAAUUGGUUUUAGUCACAUGAGGAUCCUUAAAUAAAAACAUUUUAAUGAAAGAAGAAACUCAACACGGUCAGACCUUUGA